GUCGGAAGAAGAUGCCAAGAAGAAAAAGAAAAAGAAACAACCUGAAGAUGCUGAGAAAAAAAGAUGAUGAUGAAGAACCGUUUCAAACUCAGCAACAUCACCAUGCAUAUUCCCCGAGGAACUUUGGCCGCCGUCGUCGGCCGCGUUGGCAGCGGCAAGUCUAGUCUUUUGCAGGGUCUGAUUGGAGAAAUGCGGUGCCCAGAUGAGCUCAAGGGUGGAGGAUGGUCUUUUGGCGGUCGGGUGGCUUAUUGUCCACAAUCCGCAUGGAUCCAAAUGCGACUUUGGUGUGUCUACCCCUGCAAAUCAACACCUGGCAUGAUCCCUACCAAGCGCGACAAUGUUUAUUUGGGCAGCCUUUCGAUGAAGACAAGUAUUGGAGCGUGAUUGAGGAUGCUUGCCUCCUACCUGAUCUCAAGUUGCUGGCUGAUGGUGAUCUGACGGAAAUUGGUGAGAAAGGAAUCAACUUAUCUGGGGGACAGAAACAGCGUGUCAACAUAGCCCGUGCUUUAUACUACGGUGCUGACGUCGUGAUCUUUGACGAUCCUCUGUCCGCUGUUGAUGCCAACGUGGGGAAGCUGCUCUUUCGUACUGCCAUCCAAGGCCUUGUCGCCCAGGGCAAGACUGUAAUUCUGGUCACACAUGCUCUGCACUUUCUCUCUCAAUGCGGAGAGUUCGCUCGGCUAGAUCAGGAGUUUGGUGGAGAAGCUCAAGAAGAGGAGCCGUCGGAGGAGGGAGGGCAGACCCAAGUUCAAGUCGUUACUGUUCAGGAGGCCAAGGACAAGGCAGCGAGAGCAAGUGCUACUGGCACAGGAAAGAUUGAAGGCCGCCUGGUGGCCAAAGAGGUGCGAACCACCGGGGGCGUUGAGUGGAGUAUCUACGGAUACUACUCGAAGUCGGGUGGUCUCAUCUUGACUGCACUCAUUGCUGCUGCCGCCACGGUGAUGCAAAGUGCUGCGAUCGUGAAUUCGUACUCGCUUGUGUGGUGGGAAAGCAACACAUUUCACAAAUCGAGGGGGUUCUAUCAGGUGCUCUACGCGUUGACCGGGGUCGUGCAGACCAUCUUCACAUACCUCUUGGGACUCUUUCUCGAUCUGUUCGCCGUUCAGGUGUCUAGAAAUCUACAUCGCGAUGCCAUUCUGAAUGUCUUCCGGGCCCCCAUGUCGUUCUUUGAUACUACUCCCAUGGGUCGGAUCAUCAGCAUAUUCGGCAAGGACAUAGACACCAUCGACAAUUCGUUGCCUAUGUCCUUUCGAAUGUUUCUCCUGGUGCUGGCAACCGUUGUCGGGUCUGUCGUUGUCAUCACCGUCCUGGAACAUUACUUCAUCAUCGCCGCCUUCUUCAUUACUUUCGGAUUUGCCUAUUUUGCUCAAUUUUACCGCGCGAGUGCCCUCGAGAUGAAGCGCAUCGAUUCGCUUCUUCGCGGGAUCCUCUACGCGCAUUUGUCCGAGUCGCUCACGGGACUGCCCACAAUCCGAAGUUAUGGCGAGCUGGACCGCUUUGUGCAAGACAACAAGUACUACAUCGAUCUGGAAAACCGUGCGCUAUUCUUGACGGUGACAAAUCAACGUUGGCUUGCCGUGCGGUUGGAUGCGCUGGGUUCGACGUUGACGUUCCUUGUCGGAAUCCUCUGUGCAGUGGGGGUGUCAGGAAUCAGUCCAGCGGAGAUUGGGCUCAUUCUGACGUACACUAUGUCUCUCACCCAAAUGUUUUCGGUGACGACUCGGUUGUCUGCCGAAGUCGAGAAUUACAUGAACUCUGUCGAACGAGUCGUCCAAUAUGCUCGAGGAGAUAUCGUACCUCGAGAAGCAGCCCACGAGAGCCUACCUGGAAACAAGCCGGCUCCAGAAUGGCCUACGGCCGGAGCGGUGGAGUUCAAGAAUGUCGUGAUGGCUUACCGACCGGGACUGCCGAAUGUUUUGCAUGGGAUCUCGCUUAAUAUUAGAGCGGGAGAGAAAAUCGGUGUGGUUGGACGCACCGGUGCUGGCAAGUCGUCUUUGACGCUCUGUCUGCUGCGGAUCGUGGAGUACUUGGGACAGAUCCUCGUUGACGAGUUUGUGUUUCAUGUUUCUGCGGCUCAGUUCCUGACAUUUCAUAGCGUCGACAUCGCCAAGAUUGGAUUGACUGAUCUGCGCUCCACCAUUGCGAUCAUCCCUCAAGAGCCGACACUGUUCAGCGGCACGGUGCGGACAGCGCUCGAUCCGUUUUCGAAAUACGACGAUGCCCGACUGUGGGAUGCACUGAAGCGCUCCUAUCUCGUCGAGUCGGAAGCCGGUCGACUUGCGCUCGACAGUGCAAUCGAGGCUGACGGAGGCAACCUGAGUGUCGGCGAGCGAAGCCUGUUGUCGCUGGCCCGUGCUCUCGUGAAAGACUCGCGUGUGGUGAUCCUCGACGAAGCCACCGCUUCGGUGGAUCUCGAGACGGACGGCAAGAUCCAGCGGACGAUCCAGACCCAGUUUCGGGAAAAGACGCUCAUAUGCAUCGCCCAUCGACUGAGGACGAUUAUCUCGUACGACCGGAUUCUCGUCCUUGACGCCGGUCAGAUUGCCGAGUUUGAUUCUCCGCUUGCGUUGUUUCAGAACGAGUCCAGUUUGUUCCGCUCUCUGUGUGACAAGAGCAGUAUUACAGCGACUGACAUUGAGAAGGCUGCGCUGACUGAGGAUUUGUAAAUGUUGCUUAUCUAGACAUGUAUGAGUUACCUUUGGAAUUAUUAAUGCUAUAUGAGUACGCUUGG